CAUCAUAUUGCCAAAAACACACGCCCUGGCUAGGCUAGGCUGGUUCCGUUCCGUUAUACGGUUAGGAUUUAGGAAUUGAAUUCUCAAUUCCAAAUCCAAUUCCGAAUUCCGAAUGGCAAAUCCUUAUCGAUCAAGGGAAGGUCUUAGUGUGAGACAAGCUGCGAAUUCCGAUGAAGUCCAAUUAAGGAUUGAUCCAGUGCAUGGGGACCUCGACGAGGAAAUCUCCGGCCUUCAUUCCCAAGUUCGACGACUUAAAUCCGUGGCUCAAGAAAUUGAAGCAGAAACCAGAAUCCAGAAUGAUAUCCUCGCUGACUUGCAAAUGGCAAUGGGUCAAGCUGGGGAAGGGGUGAAAAAUGGCAUGAGGAGAUUGAAUAGGACCAUCACCCAGCACAGUUCAAAUCAUAUCUUGCAAGUGAUUAUUUUUGGACUAGUUUGUUUCAGUGUAGUCUACCUAUUGUCCAAGCUAGCUAGAAGAUGAGAACCUAGUUUACACUAAAAGAGAGGAGCUGCUACGUGUGAAUUUAAAGGGUCUUUUGUAGUCAACAAUUUAUAUCCAGGUAUUAUGAUACAGGUUGUAUGGUAGCACCUCCUUUACAGCUAAAGUUAUGAAGCUCAAUUUUAUGGAGGGUUCAAGACUUUUUAUCCCCCAUUUUGCAAUAUCUACAUUCCUUACGCUUUGAAACAUCUUACAUAUGUUAGCCAAUGCCGAAAAGGUUAUUGUUUUGAGACAUCAACUUAAAAUGGAUGGAAUACAUUGAAAUGUAUAUGAAGACUCAUCUCUGUUCACCUUUUUA